UUAAUUGACUGUCUUUUCAUUUAAGGUGGAAUGAAAGAACAAGAGUUGAUGUGCAUUAAGCUUCAUGGCGUGACCAGAGUGGGUCUAAGGAAAAUUAUUGAUUUCAUCUAUACUGCAAAGCUUUCUCUUAACAUGGACACCCUUCAAGAUACACUGGAAGCUGCCAGCUUUCUUCAGAUUCUACCGGUUUUAGACUUCUGCAAAGUCUUCCUCAUAUCUGGGGUCACUUUGGAUAAUUGUGUUGAAGUUGGACGGAUUGCCAACACCUACCAUCUGACAGAAGUGGAUAAAUAUGUCAACAGCUUCGUCUUAAAGAAUUUUGCUGCAUUGCUGAGCACUGGCGAGUUCCUGAAGCUUCCCUUUGAGCGUCUAGCCUUCGUGCUGUCCAGUAACAGCCUUAAGCGCUGCACCGAACUUGACCUCUUCAAAGCUACCUGUCGCUGGCUUCGCCUGGAAGAACCUAGAAUGGACGUUGCUGCAAAACUAAUGAAGAACAUAAGAUUUCCGCUGAUGACACCACAGGAGCUCAUUAAUUAUGUGCAAACGGUGGAUUUCAUGAGAACUGACAAUACAUGUGUCAAUUUGCUUCUGGAAGCCAGCAAUUACCAAAUGAUGCCAUUUAUGCAGCCAGUUAUGCAGUCAGACAGGACUGCCAUUCGGUCUGACACCACUCAUUUGGUUACACUCGGAGGAGUCCUGAGACAGCAGCUCGUCGUCAGCAAAGAAUUGCGCAUGUAUAAUGAGAAGACCCACGAGUGGAAAUCUCUAGCCCCCAUGGAUGCCCCAAGAUACCAGCAUGGCAUUGCCGUCAUCGGAAAUUUUCUCUACGUCGUUGGUGGGCAAAGUAAUUAUGACACAAAAGGAAAAACCGCUGUCGAUACAGUGUUUAGAUUUGAUCCUCGAUACAACAAAUGGAUCCAAGUUGCAUCUUUAAAUGAAAAGCGCACCUUCUUCCACCUAAGUGCCCUCAAAGGAUUUCUGUAUGCAGUCGGUGGACGAAAUGCAGCUGGAGAACUACCUACUGUGGAAUGUUACAAUCCAAGAACAAAUGAAUGGACCUAUGUUGCCAAAAUGAACGAGCCUCACUAUGGCCAUGCUGGAACUGUGUAUGGAGGAGUGAUGUAUAUUUCAGGAGGAAUUACCCAUGACACUUUCCAAAAGGAGCUCAUGUGCUUCGACCCUGAUACUGACAAGUGGACCCAGAAGGCACCAAUGACCACUGUCCGAGGCCUACACUGCAUGUGUACAGUGGGGGAUAGGCUCUAUGUCAUUGGUGGCAACCAUUUCCGAGGAACCAGUGAUUACGAUGAUGUCCUGAGCUGUGAAUACUACUCACCUAUCCUUGACCAGUGGACCCCAAUUGCUUCCAUGUUAAGAGGGCAGAGUGAUGUUGGGGUCGCUGUCUUUGAGAAUAAGAUCUAUGUGGUUGGUGGAUAUUCGUGGAAUAAUCGCUGUAUGGUAGAGAUAGUGCAGAAGUAUGACCCAGAGAAAAAUGAGUGGCAUAAGGUUUUCGAUCUGCCUGAGUCCCUUGGUGGUAUUCGAGCUUGUACACUUACAGUUUAUCCACCUGAAGAACCCACACCAUCACCUUCUAGAGAGUCCCCUCUUUCUGGACCCUAAGAUCAUCCUUACAAUUAAGAUGCUAUAUUCCUAUCUUUGCAAUGUGUCAUGAUUAUCUUCUUCCCCCCCCUUAAGUAGCAUAUAUGUUAGAAUUAGCCUUCAGUAACUGAUACAGAAAAAAAAUUGACAUUGAUGUUACUUGUGAUGUUUGUAUGGCCUAGAGUGUUUAUAAAGUGGUAACAAACCAUCCUUGAAAUAUAUCCCAUAGAAGCUGAUGUUUAACAUGAAAACAAAAAAGUAUUGUCUACAAAGUGUUUCUUCAGUACUUUUGAAAUGCUGUGUACUGAGUGUAAGGUAUUCAUCAUCUUACAUUAUAAGCCAAGUUGAAGGUGGAUUAUAGUAAAUGUACAACUGUGCUCACUAGGCUUCAAAGUAAAGAAGUUUUCCUUUCAUCUUUAACUGUAAGACGUCAAAGGGAGGCAGCCUGCUCCACCAGGAAACAAUACCCAAAAGGUUGCCAACUUGCAUGAGCUACCUCCCUCUUUUCAUAAGGUAUUUUUGACACAUCUAUCAACCCACCUGACUGUGUGGGUGCAUUGAGAACACACUAAGUUUCUAAGACACACAGGAGAAAUAACUGAAAUUCACCAACACUAGUUUGUAGGGGAAAGCAUGACCCCUCUGCUUAUAUGAAUUGGUCUGGGGUUUUUUAAGUGUGUAUAGAUAAACACACACAUACUUAUAUCAAACACAAAUUUUUAAAAAUUGAAUAUCAGGUCAAAUAAAUGUGAAAUUAAAAAAAAUCUAAAAAGCAGCUUCCAUGAAAAAUGGGGAUUCAGUAUGCAUACAUUAAAUGCAUAUAUUUCAAACCAUACUAAAUUUAGGUGGAUAAGGGCUAGAAAUUUUGAGCAACUAAAUUUAUCACUUGACCAAAUUUUAUCUUAAAGAAUUAUAUUCUCUUUUUCUCCUUUGCUGUUGAGGUAACUUACCUGUUCUGUGUAUUCUGUAUUCUGUACACUCUUGGUUCAUGAGGUUAUUUAGCACAAAAUGUAACAGCUUCACCUGGGAAGCUGCUUUUGCUCUAUGAUGUCCAUGGUUUCCCUUCUUUUCUUCAAUAAAAACAUUUAAUGUCA